AUAAAAUAGAAUUAAAAUGGUAUUGUCUGCUGUCUUUUACUUAUUUCCCUCCCUCCCUUCUACUUAACGCAACUUCCUUCUUUUCCAUCUUCCGUUCCAUUCUCUCUUCAACUUGUUUCCAUUUAACAUCCUCAAACACCUUUCACUUUCUAUUUUAUCAUUCAAACUUGUAAAAUAUCAACUAUUUCCCUUUCCUUCUUCACUCAUUCAUCUCUAUCUGUUAGGGUACCUGUAACAGAAAAUUGCGUUAGAUCAAUACAUGGACAACAACGUGUCCCAAAAUGAUUCUUUUGAAGAUAAACCGUCUUUGAAAAACUGGAAAACCACCACAGAUUCUGAUAGAAAUGCAUCUGGUGGCUUUGACUGCAACAUCUGCUUAGAGUGUGUGCAAGAUCCAGUAGUCACGUUUUGUGGUCACCUUUACUGCUGGCCUUGUAUUUACAAAUGGAUUCAUAUACAAACUAGUAUCUCUUCCGAAUAUGAGGAGAAGCAGAAGCCACAAUGUCCCGUAUGCAAAUCAGAACUCUCUCAGUCCUUGCUAGUUCCAUUAUACGGCCGUGGCCAAUCCACCACAAAGUCCGAAGGGAAGGCUCGUCAAGCUGGGAUUGCUGUACCUCAAAGACCUUUGGGUCCCAGAUCAUAUAAUACUACAACUGUUUCACAACCUUAUUAUCAUCCUCGAAACCCUUCACCAAUGUUUAGCACAAGUGGUUCGUCAUUGGACAACUCAUUUGGAAUCUUCGGUGAAAUGAUAUACGCGAGAGUGUUCGGUAACCAGAUGGAAAACAUGUAUACAUAUCGUAAUUCAUAUAGUUUUCAAGGGAACAAUAAUCCAAGGAUUAGAAGACAUUUAAUGCAGGUUGAUAAAUCACUAAGCAGAAUAUGUUUUUUCCUCCUUUGCUGCUUAGUUUUGUGUCUUCUGUUAUUCUGAAUAAUAUUUCAUUUUCAUAUUUAGUUGCAGUACAUGUAUUUAUCCUUGUAUAUAUAGAAUGUAUUCAGUAUUCUGAUUCAGCUUGAGAAUUUGAGAUGUGUAAUUGUCGGUGUGGAUAUAAGAGUAUAUGAAAUAUAUGUUUGUAACUUUGUA